AUGCAACGGGAUUGUUAUAUACCGGAACCGGCUGUAAGUCUUACAGUCAGUGAUUAUUUUCGACAACUUUUGCAGAGGAUACCACUGACCUCAAGUUCAGCGGAUCCCGACGUGCCGGAGGAGUUUUCCGAAGUCGUGAACAUGCUUAAGUCGGCCUCAGAUCAGCAUCUUUUUCAAUGGAAAGAAUUUCCAGUCGAACUCCCAUCUAGCAUAUUGGAUGUGUCGCAUGUUCCGUUGGCCAAUAUCUUUAGCGCACCAGAAUUUGAUGAGUGUGAGUUAUUGUCCAAGGAUUCUCACGGAAAUUCAAAACCUCUUAACCGGCAUCAAUUAAUUCAACUUCGCCGGACAGCCGAAUUCGAUGUAGAUAGUAUCAAUUUCAUUGGUAAUUCUGUUCCCAUUUCCUGUUUGGUCAAACAAAUUGAAUCAGGUGAAGUACAUACGUGGAAAAUAUCUCCGUUUUUCCUUAAGGGAACUGAUAACAUUCGGAAAACACUACUCGAAGACCUACAGGCCGCCCUGGCUGAGCUCGUAAUACAUGCACAUGAUCGUGUGGUGAGCAAACAGUUCAGUAUGGCAGGCGCACUCCGUGUUGCUUAUCGGGAUUGUUUCAUUCGAUUUGUGGGUGAGCUCAAACGUACACUUUUAUUCGAUAUUACGGGCUAUAGUGAUAAUCUAACAGUUAGUCUGCCACAUUUAUGGUUACGUUUUUUGACUAUGAUGUAA